AUGUAUGCAUUGCCAUAUCAACCCACAGACCCUCUUGCCAAAUCGGUGGCUAUUCUGAAGCGUGUGCCAUUGCUCACAAGGCCCGCAGCUCUUCAGAAGCAUAGCCAAGCCAUUACUGAGGUCAACAAUUUGGUGAAAGCAACUCUGCAAGUGAUUGAGGUAAUCUUUGAGCUGGAGAAGCUUACCAGUUACGACAUAAAGGAUGUACCUGCUUUAGGGCUUGCAAUAGAGCAAAUCCCUGUUGAUGGUCACUGGGUCAUCAUCACCAUCGUCUCUGUAGUUACUCAGAUUGAUGGUCUCAUCACUGAAUCAGAGGAUAAACACGAACUGUCUCACUACGGUCAAAAGAUCAACAUCAUACUCAGCAAACUCAGGAAGCAGAUCACGCUCUGUAGACAGCAGAUAGAUGAGGCGGAGUAUCAUCGCAAGCUUAAAAGGCUUUUCCAAAGUCCCACUGAAAUAAUUGAAGUGUUAAAGGUUCUGAUUUUCAACAAGGAUGCUCCUCAGCCUCUGUUUCAUGGCGCUACCAAGACCACGGUGGAGAUGACGGUGCUAAAAAAGAAGAACGUGUACCUGUUUAUUUCUUCCCUAGACAUCACGGAAGAAGAGAUUUCAGUACUACGACCUGUUUAUGAUUCGAUUAAAACUAAGGAGAGUUAUAAGAUUGUGUGGAUUCCUAUUGUGGAGGCAUGGACCGAGCUGCUGCGCAAGAAAUUUGAGGUUUUGAAAAGCAAGAUGCCAUGGUACGUGGUGCAGUACUCUGGAAUCAUAGCUGGAUACAAGUAG